AUGAAGUUCAGCGCUAUCGUCUCGGCCUUGGGCCUGGCCGCCUCUGCCGCCGCUGCCUCGCUCCAGCAGGUCAACAACUUUGGAUCGAACCCCAGCAACGUCAAGAUGUUCAUCUAUAUUCCUGACAAGGUGGCAUCUAACCCUGCAAUUGUCGUCGCUCUUCACUAUUGCACUGGAACUGCACAAGCUUACUUUAGCGGCACCCCUUACAAGUCACUGGCCGACCAGAAGGGUUUUAUCGUUAUUUACCCCCAGUCGCCAUACUCAGGAACCUGCUGGGAUGUCUCCUCAAAGGCAACUCUGACACAUAACGGCGGAGGCAACAGCAACUCUAUCGCCAAUAUGGUUACUUACGCCCUGGACAGGUACAAGGCCGACAAGUCCAAGGUUUUCGUCACAGGGUCUUCGUCCGGUGCUAUGAUGACUAACGUCAUGGCUGCGACGUACCCUGAGCUUUUUGCUGCCGGGGUUGUCUACAACGGUGUGCCUGCGGGUUGCUUCUACACAGGCACCGUUGACGGCUGGAAUUCUGACUGCGCACACGGCAACGUGAAGAAAACCGCCAGCCAGUGGGCGGAGGAGGUUACAGGCGCCGAUCCCUCCUACAACAGCACACGCCCGCGUAUGAUGAUCUACCACGGCAGCGUCGACACUACCCUGUACCCAGCCAACUACCAGGAAACGAUUAAGCAGUGGUCUGGCGUCUUUGGAUAUAACCCUGACAAGCCCGAAAGCUCCAAGCAGAACACCCCGCAGACCAACUACCGCACCGAUGUGUUUGGUGAUCACCUUACCGGUGUCUGGGCGACUGGUGUUGGACACACCGUGCCUAUCCGGGGUGCCGAUGAGAUGAAGUUUUUCGGCUUGUGA